AACGAGUUGACUGCUAUCAAUAUCGUCUUUAGAUCGUUGGAGAAGCAAGUUUUCGUUUUGGAAGCUUUGGCUCAAUGGACGUAAAGCUAUCUAUAGGGGAGGAAGAUGUUGGCACGAGCAACUCGAUCAAGGAGGAGGUCAAGAAGGAUGAAAUGGAUUCUUUGAAUGAAGAAGAAAUCUGGAGGAGUCGACAGGAGAGAAUCAAUAAUGCAUUGGCGUCUGUGCGAACCGCAGCGCAACAAGAUCCAGCAGAACUAUCAGCAGCUGUUCGAACACUCGAACAUAUCACCGAUGUCGAAGAAUUCAUUUCUGUGAUCGAAAGGCUCGCCAAUAAAAUUGAUCCGUCUGCCAUUUUCAAUUACGUGGGACCAGCGGGUAAUUCACUGCUCCACGCUGCAACAUUACCCGGCAAGGACGACAUCCUGAGGCUCUUGCUUGAUUAUGUCCCUGACCAUAUCUUGGCCGCCCAAAAUGAUUGGGGAAAUACCCCCCUUCACGUGGCGACUUUGGCUAAGAGCUCUAGAGCUGCUGCUAUGUUGAUUCGCCGGACCAGAGACCUCCCCAACGUCGAGGAAAAGAUCAAGAUCCUGAGGAUGAAGAACAAACAUGGAGAAACCGCUUUGCACAUUGCCGUGGGUACUGGUCAAGUCGAUGGGGUUCGCCAUCUGUUGAACGAAGAUUUGGAGCUCGUGUACAUGGAGAACGUGCAGCAGGCAUCUCCCCUGUACUCGGCCGUCAGAUGCAAAGAUCCCGCGAUGCAUGAGGUUUUAUUUUCGCUCCCGCUCGAACCAUCGAGGAUACAAGGCAUGCCGCCCAUUCUCAAUGCCGUCCUUCUUCCAGGCUAUGAUGUAGCCAAACGGAUACUCGAGAAAAACAUGAAGUUAUUUGCAAUGACCGACUCCAGAGGUGGUAAUGUAUUUCAUUUAGCAGCUUACCUGAAUCGGUCCGGAGUAUUCAAACUCUUAGGGCCAAAAACUGAAUAUUUGGUCCAACAACAGGACAUGAAUGGGGAUCUUCCCAUUCAUAUUGCGGGCAAGAUGGGUUAUGUUGACCUAAUCGAGAUUCUACUUCCAGUAUCACAAUCGUUGAACCUGCAUGGACAAACCGUUCUUCAUGUUGCAGCAAAAUAUGGGAGAACUUCAGUAGUGAGAUAUAUGCUCAAACAUAAAGUAUUGGGGAUGGCGAUAAAUGAUGCAGAUCAUGCUGGAAAUACGCCUUCACACUUGGCAGCGAUGUAUUCACAACCUGCCGCUUUGAUUCCUCUUGUGAUUGAUGAAAGAAUUGACACCCACGCUAUCAAUGACAAAUGCUGGACAACUUGGGACAUUGCUCUAGAUCGCUACAGAAGGGAGCCUACGUUACGGAAGCGAUUGACAUUAAUGGUGUGGGCAUCCUCGACAAUUGGACAACUUCCAUUUGCAAGUGGAACCUUUCUCAUACUUAGGCCGGAAGCCCGAGAUGAAGCGAAUUCAAUGUUAUCCUUGCGCAAAAAGAAGCUAAACCGGGACCACGUGAAGGAUUUGAUUAAUACCCGUCUGGUGAUGGCAACGCUUGUGGCCACUGUUACUUUCGCAGCUGGUUUUGCAGUCCCUGGAGGAUUUAACAGCUCGGACACGGCCUCUAAAGAUGACCGGGGCAUGGCUACUAUGUUGCACAAGAGAUUGUUCCAGGUCUUCACAAUUUGCAACACCAUCGCGAUGUUCUGCUCAAUGAUCGCGGUCAUCAACCUCAUCUAUGCGCAGAAAAACGAUGUCAAAGUUGCGAUAGUGGCAGACCGGCACUCGAUGCUGCCGCUAGCAAUUGCACUCCCAGCAAUGUCUAUCGCUUUCUUGACUGGUGUCACCUUGACCGUUGGCAAACUCCCUUGGCUUGCCAACACCAUAUUUUAUUUGGGACUCGUUUUCCUCCUAAUUCUCUCAGGCGCUGUAUUGAUAGAGUACCUUCCCUUACUACAGAGUAAUCAUCGUCCUAUCCGUCGUCUGAUAUUCUGGCUUGUUCUCGCCUACAUUUAUUUGUGGGGAGUUGAGACACACCUUUUGGAUGACUUGGAAGACGACGGAAUGGGAAGCAGGAUCUCGGCUAGUCAGCCUCCGGAUGGUGUUGGUGAUCGAAUGAUAGACGGCUCGACAACAGCAAAAUGUGGGGACACGCCACAUCCUCCACGUCACUAAUUUCAGUUGAGCAUUCGAUAUUAUCUAUGAUUUGGAUAAAUAAACAUAUAUUUGCCUCCGUGUAUUUUGUUCAUUCUGCAGUUACUUUCCGAUUGCGUUAUUUUAAUGCGGAUUGUCAAAGUAUGUAAAUAAAACCAUGUCUUCUUCAA